AUGAACACUGCCAAGGGAGGGGACGCAGACGAGGGCACCGUCCCAUCACAUUAUGGCCAGGAAGAGGCUGGUUUCAGCCCUGACCCAGGCGUCCUGCGCCUGCCACAAGCUCCCCGCCACCUGGAGCUCCCAGCGCAGCGGGGCCUGCUCCCCUCGCCGCGCCCAGCUGGGUUCCUCCCCUCUCCUCCCCCCUGCAGGAUCCUGCUGACGGUGGUCGUCAUCUUCCGGAUCCUGAUCGUGGCCAUCGUGGGCGAGACGGUGUACGAGGACGAGCAGACCAUGUUCAUGUGCAACACGCUGCAGCCGGGCUGCAACCAGGCCUGCUACGACAAGGCCUUCCCCAUCUCCCACAUCCGCUACUGGGUCUUCCAGAUCAUCCUGGUGUGCACGCCCAGCCUCUGCUUCAUCACCUACUCCGUGCACCAGUCGGCCAAGCAGCGGGACCGGCGCUACUCCUUCCUCUACCCACUGCUGGAGAAGGACGCCCGCAAGGCUCGGAGCGUCAACGGCAUCCUGGUGCACAACCCCGAGGGCUCGGCCAAGGAGGAACCCGACUGCCUGGAGGUCAAGGAGCUGCCCAGCACCCCCCGGCGCCCGCCCAAGAGCGCCAAGGUGAAGCGGCAGGAGGGUAUCUCCCGCUUCUACAUCAUCCAGGUGGUCUUCCGCAACGCGCUGGAGAUCGGCUUCCUGGCGGGCCAGUACUUCCUGUAUGGCUUCAACGUGCCGGGCAUCUUCGAGUGCGACCGCUACCCCUGCGUCCGGGAGGUGGAGUGCUACGUCUCCCGGCCCACCGAGAAGACCGUCUUCCUGGUCUUCAUGUUCGCCGUCAGCGGGAUCUGCGUCCUGCUCAACCUGGCCGAGCUCAACCAUCUGGGCUGGCGCAAGAUCAAGACGGCCAUCCGGGGCGUGCAGGCCCGGCGCAAAUCUGUCUGCGAGGUGCGCAAGAAGGAGCUCUCGGCCCUGGCCCAGGUGCCACCGCUGGGGCGGACCCAGUCCAGCGAGUCCGCCUACGUGUGAGCCUGGGGCAGCUGGGCCGCCCGCUUGACAAGGCAAAUGCCUGUGGCUGCUUCCUGAGCACCCCCCCCCCGACUGGGGGGGGGGCCUCGGCAGGUUUGCUCCAAGGGCUGAACGGGAGACACGACCCCCCAGGAUCCAGCUGGGGUGUUGGGGGGGCUCCCGGCUCCAACUCGUUUAAAAAAUAUAUUUGUUGUUUCUUGGAGUCUUCCACCAUGGUGCAAGCAGGGGGGAGGGUUCCUGGAACUCCCCCCCACAUCAGCCUUUUCCGGCCCUGGGAUC